AUCAGUACGAAGACCUACCUUUAUAGAAAAAAAAGCGUUACCUAAAAAUCCAUGGAGCUCUCAAUAUUCACGGUUGACGCUUUUACCAAUCAGCCUUUCAAAGGCAACCCUGCUGCGGUUUGUCUUCUACCAAGUGCUUUGCGGGAUGAGCUGUACCAGAAAAUUGCUGCGGAGAUGAACUUGUCAGAAACAGCGUUUAUCAUGAGACUGAAUCCAACGGAUGACUUCACGUCAGGGUCCCGUUUUGGUUUGCGUUGGUUCACUCCGACCAAUGAGGUCCCUCUGUGUGGACAUGCCACUCUUGCUUCGGCAGCAGUUUUAUUUUACAAGAAAAAAAACAUCAACCCAACCCUGGUUUUUGAAACACUGAGUGGAGAGCUAAAUGUUAGGCUUUGUGGGCAAUCCAUUGUAAUGGACUUCCCUCUUCAUAAACCUGUUGCACUGGACCCAAUUGAAGUAAAAGAUCUCAUUAAAGCUACAGUUGGGGAUUUGUCCAUUCAGGAUGUGCAUUACUCCGCUGUGACCAAGAAGCUGCUGGUGUGUUUGGGUGACAGCUGUGACAGGUCUGCGCUGACGUCCCUAAAGCCGGAUGCUGCCCAGCAGCUGAAGACUGAGAGCAGUGGAAAGGUGAAGGGUGUCAUUGUCACAGUGAAAGGUGCACCCACUGCCCAGCCUGGAUACGAUUUCUUCUCCCGGUACUUUGCCCCCUGGAAUGGUAUCCCAGAGGACCCAGUGACCGGCUCCGCACACACUGUGCUUGCUGGGUAUUGGUCUGAGAAACUGGGGAAGCAGAAGAUGCUGGCCUACCAGUGCUCCAGUCGGGGUGGAGAGCUGGAACUGACGAUAAGGGGUGAUGGCAGAGUGGACAUCGCCGGACGUGCUGUUACCAUCUUCCAGGGGACUCUCACUCUGUAGGACACCUCUGCCACAGACCCCAAAACUGCUCCAUUAAGCAACUGCACGGAGACACCCACAAUGCAUGUAGAGUCCUUCAGCAACCUUUCAGAAACCCCUCAAAACUCUACCAGUUUUUAUCAGGGCUCGUGUGCCACACUGUGCCAUCCUGAUUCUCCCUGAUGAAGGACUUAGUAAUACCUGACUACAUAUCACCUUGUACCCCUGUGUGAUUUAGUCCUGGGUCUGGGGGGCUGACAGUCUUUGAUACCCAUUUUCCUCUGUAGAAAUGGCAAUAACUCACUUAGUUCAGGUUCAGUGUUGGUUUAAAGUCUUUUUGUGAUGACCCAUUGUCAGUUAUCGUACUAGUAUUACAGGUCCUGGCCUACGUACAAACAACCUGGCUAUAGUUGGAGUCAGAAAUCAGUGUGACUCCAUAAUUUCCUUCAGUGCUGGCAUUACAAAGUGAGGAGAUACACUGAAGGUAAAAAGGAUCACAAUUCUAUCACUGACCAUAGCUAUCAGAGGUAGAAAGAAGUCAUGUGAGAUCUAGUUUUUACAUGACAACCUAAGUCUUGUACGUCAGUCAAAGUUCAUGCAGUUAUCUCUGUCUGGGCACAUGCCAGCAUUGGGUGUAAUAUCAUGUGUUGUAGCUCUGGAAGCCAGU